GCACCGCCCCCGCCGGAGCUGCGUACGGAGCGGAGCGGGAAGGCGGCCCGGCCCCCCCGGUUCUGCCGUCGCCGCACUCAUGGCCACCGCCGCGCUGCUCGCUGCUCUGCCCCGCCGAGGGCUGCUCCGCCUGAGCGCGCGUGUCCUGCACACGAGGACACUUUCUGCAUCCCAUAGGGUGACCGACAGCUAUGUCCAGGGGACCUUAGACAUUCCUCUGAUCAACAAAACCGUGGGCCAAUGCCUGGAUGAGGCAGCGGAGCGGUUUCCCCACCGUGACGCCUUCGUUUUCCACCGAGACGGAGUUCGGAAAACGUUUGCUCAGUUCAAAGGGGAGGUAGACCAAGCAGCAGCUGGACUUCUUGCUCUUGGCCUGAAGAAGGGAGACAGGCUAGGAAUGUGGGGUCCCAAUAAAUAUGAGUGGGUUCUCAUGCAGUUUGCAACAGCCCAGGCAGGAAUCAUCCUGGUAUCUGUGAAUCCAGCCUAUCAGGCCCGUGAGCUGGAGUUUGUGGUCAGGAAGGUUGGCUGCAAGGCACUGGUCUUUCCUGCUCAUUUUAAAUCGCAGAAGUACUAUGAUAUUCUAAAGCAGUCAUGUCCUGAAGUGGAAAACUCCAGUCCAGGGGGAAUAAAGAGCAAAAGGAAUGGAGUCUUAUCCAAAGCAGACAGGCUACCUGACCUAUCUACUGUCAUUAUGUUGGACUCCAAGCUGCCUGGUACCUUUCACAUGGACGAAGUGAUGCAGGCUGGGGACAGCAGCCAUAUGAAGCAGUUAAGAGCCUUGCAGCAGACCCUGUCCUGCAAUGAACCGGUCAACAUCCAGUUCACUUCAGGGACAACAGGGAGCCCCAAAGGAGCCACGCUGUCUCACAGAAACAUUGUGAACAAUGCCAACCUGAUCGGGGUGAGGCUGGGGAUCACAGAGCAGGACCACCGCGUCUGCAUCCCCGCGCCCCUCUACCACUGCCUGGCGUCGGUGGGAGGCUGCAUGGUGUCGGCGCUGCACGGCUCCUCCUGCAUCUUCUCAGCCCCCAGCUUCGAGGGGAAGGCGACGCUGGAGGCGGUGUCUCAAGAGAAAUGCUCCUUCUUACUCGGCACGCCAACCAUGUUCAUAGACAUGCUCUCCCAGCCGGACUUUGACUCCUACGACCUUUCGACUCUCCGUGGAGGAAUCAUUGCAGGUUCCCCUGUUCCCCCCGAGAUCAUGAAGGUGAUUUCAACAAAGAUGCACAUGCCAGAGAUUGUGGUUGCCUAUGGGACCACAGAAAACAGCCCCGUCACCUUCAUGGGAUUCCCCACUGACAGCUUCACCAGAAGGGCCGAGACGGUGGGAUCCAUCUUGCCCCACACGGAGGCAAAAAUUGAGGAUCCAGAAACAGGGAAGCCUGUGCCUCUGAACAUUCCUGGGGAGCUUCAGGUCCGUGGCUACUGUGUCAUGCUGGGGUACUGGAAUGACUCUGCCAAAACGCGUGAAGUGAUCUCUGGUGAUAACUGGUACAAGACUGGGGACAUCGCGACCCUGGAUGAGCACGGCUACUGCAGAAUUAUAGGCCGCUGCAAGGACAUGAUUAUUCGGGGAGGAGAGAACAUCUACCCAGCAGAAAUUGAGCAGUUUCUCCACACCCACCCCAAGAUUGAGGAGGUCCAGGUGGUUGGAGUGAAGGAUUCGCUGAUGGGAGAAGAGAUCUGUGCUUGCAUCCGACUGAGAGCUGGGCAGAGCUGCGCAGCCGACGACAUUAAAGCUUUCUGCAAAGGGAAGAUCUCCCAUUUCAAGAUCCCGCGCUACAUCGUGUUUGUGAGUCAGUACCCACUCACUGUCUCAGGCAAGAUUCAGAAAUACAAGUUGAGAGAGCAGAUGGAGAAGCACCUUCAGCUCUGAGCUCAGGAAGGAGAAUAAAACAAGGGAUAAAUUGGACUCGCUGCAUCCAGCCUUACGUCUCCUUUUCACCCGUGCCUUGUGACAAGCAGUGGAGGGCUUCUCUCCCUGCCCUUGGACUGAUGGCACUUUCAUGCUUAUAGAACAGAGAGCCUUUUUUUUGCAGCUAGCUUUGUUUCUUUGCCAGAGGAAAUACUGCGGUGUGAGGAAAAGAUGCUUACUUCUGGAACUGUGUCCUGUUACUCUAAGACUUCACGAAGGUUGCAAAGUCUUGUUUCUCCUUGAGCAACUUGGCUUCAGCCAUUUCAGAGGGCUUUCUGGGCCUGAACAGAUGCUGGUAACAUACUGUUCCUAUUUCUACUGAUAUUUGAAGUCACAGCAGCCUCACCUGGUUAAUGCCUUCUCUGCUUGGGUGCUGCUGGGAUUCAUAGGGCGUACAAAUCACCCAGUGAAGUGAGCACUGAUAGACUUGAGAUGAAGGGCAGAGGCUUUAGGCAGAAAGGCUUUCCGUCAGAAGUGGCUCCCCACAGCUGGCUGGAAAUACCAGCCCUGUUCCCAGGCCUCCCAGGGGCCUUCUGACCAGCAAAUAAAAUUCUCCAGCACAGA